GCGCGGGGUGGGGGGGCCGGUAGCGGAGCUGGGGGUACCGAGGCCGCCAUGACUAACGUGUACUCCCUGGACGGGCUGGUGGUGUUCGCGCUGCUGCUGGUCUGCACCUGCGCUCACCUGCGCCACGUGCCCCGCAUCAAGGGCUGGCUCCUGGGGGAGAAGCGCGGCCUCUGGGGGGUCUUCUACAAGGCUGCUGUCAUCGGCACCCGCCUGCACGUGGCCGUGGCCGUGUCCUGUGUGCUCAUGGCCUUCUAUGUGCUGGUGGUGAAGUGACCCCCCCGCAGCGGUGACAGCGACAGAGCCUGGUGCCACCCCCGGUACCCCACAGCCCCCCCGGACCUCGGGGGGGGCCCUAUGGAGCUUCCAUGGCCCAAAGCCCUGCUUAGACCCCCCCUUUGUGGGGCACCCUUGGGGUGCACAAUGGGACCAGGGGCACCUGCUCCUGAUGCUCACAGUGGGGAUGCUGCAGCCGCUCGCUAUGGGGACUUGUGGGGCUGGCCCCACCACCCCCAUGUGCAUCCAUGGGGGGGUCUGUCCCCUGUGGGUUUGUCACUGCCCACGUUGGGAAUGCUGGACCACAGCCUGGAAAUAAAGUGGGGGCUCCCCUAUGGGCAGCAA